AUGGUCUUCAGGUUUCUGGAUCUCCCAUCAGAGCUGCGCAACCGUGUCUACGAGAUCGCUGCAGCAGCCGGUGACGAGCCGCUGGUUAUUACCCGGCGGCCUCACAGAGAAGACGGCAACUAUGCGGGUCUUACGAGAACUUGCGUUCAGAUUCGGGCUGAAUAUCGACCAAUGCAGCGUCGCAGCGCCAAACUUUCCGUGUGCUUUUCAGACCUUGAAGACUUUACUCAAACCUUUCUCACUUCAGCCGCGGACACAAUGAUCCUCCCUCUUGAGGUUCACGUCCGGGUAUCUCGUCUCACCAGGCCAGGAUACCCUCUUAGUUUCGACUCACUUCCAAUUCUUGAAGUCAAAGUUGCGAACCCCUGCUUGGACAUCAGGAUCUUGCCGGUUAAUAUCCCAAAUUGGUCCCGAUUCAUGCGGAAUGGCCCGCAGGAUGCGGCUGCUCUCGCAACUAUGGCUUUGACGCAAACACAGGGCCUGAACUCGCUGCUCCUUCACUCGAACAAGAACUGGCAUGCGUGUAUCAGCAACGGCUCCAUUGGCGAAGUCUACAUAGAGAUGGAAACCGGGUUUACACGGGUUGAGAUCGUCUUCAUGGGUAGGCUUGGUUACAGGGAGUUGUCUAAAAUACAGAGAGACGACGAGGAUUGGCGUAUCUCUCACGGCCUGCAGGCUCCGACAUCGCAUGUUCAUCGCUUCGACUUCACCUUUCUUCAUCAGAAAUAG